AUGUUUGUUGUAGUGUCGAAGUUCAAAGAAGAGACCGUGAUACCUGUGGCGUGCAUCGGCGCCGCCCUCGCCUCCGUGCACCUGCCCGCCUACUGCCACCCUCAGCCGCCAUACGGCCACCAUCCGCCCUCUUACAAACACUCCUACUGCGACCCCCCCCCACCCCCCGCCGGCGCCACCAACUCCAUGCUCUCCUACAGCCUAGAGGACGCCGAGUACCCUGAGUACGACAUCAAGGGCACCAUCAGCGCCGACCACAUCUUCGCCAAGAAGUACGCCGACGUGGCAGACCAGUCCGCCGCCGACGACCUGGUGGAGACAGUCACCAAGGAGCAGGAGGAGGCGUUCAACAACUCCUACUACACCGGCGCCUCUACCGGUGACUCCCCGUACGACGUGACCCACUGGGCGGGCCCUGAGGGCUACAUCUGCUCCUCGGACGUGACCUACGCCCGCUCCAGGCGCGCCUGCAACGUGGAGAGCAAGUGGAGGGUGAUCGUGAACGACGUGCACUACUACAAACAGACGUGCCUGUUCCCCGAGGCCGCCUGCCGCGCUCUGGCGCCCUGCUACAAGAGUCACUGCACCCAGAAGUACGUGUACCACCGCCUGCUCUCCUACGACCCUUGCGAUCCCUACAAGGGUCUCUUCAUCGACAUCUACAAGUUGCCCUCCACCUGCUCCUGCCACAUCCCCGCCUAAGCGCUGCCUGAGACGCCCUCUGAAGGCGCGCCUCCUGCCGCUGCCGAGAGAGGCUCGGCGGCCACGACACAAGUACCGACACGACCUGUAACCUUCCCCUGCACUAGGAAUAUUCUGCUGCUAGUACUGAGCAUAGGUAGCCAAACAAACAGUGGUAAUGCUGCUGCGUUAUAUCAAUAAAAUAAACUAUACAAAAGAUAAAUAUGAGAAGCUGCCAGGAGUUACAGGUCCAACCCCGAAGCUUGCUGGACGAGUACUGGGGAUGUAGAGGUGCCGGGUGGGGUGGUUGCUGGCCGGGUCAGGUCACGGCCAGGACUGGCGUCCGGAGACAAAGGAUGUGAGGGUUGAUCUCACCCUAAGUCAGUGGUUCUUAACCUUUUUCAAUGUAUGCACCCCUUUCAGAUCUCACACCCCCUGAAUUGCUGAAAUAAAAAAAAAAGCUAAAAUACAAAGUUGAUGUGCUGUGUAUUAAUAACAA